UGCGCCGGCUCCCGGCAGGCAUUGCGGCUGGAGCGCGGGAGCGAGCGGCGGGGAUGGGAAUCCAUGGCCUGGCCAAGCUUAUUGCCGACGUGGCUCCUGGCGCCAUCCGGGAGAAUGACAUCAAGUCUUACUUCGGCCGGAAGGUAGCUAUAGAUGCCUCCAUGAGCAUCUACCAGUUCCUGAUCGCUGUGCGGCAGGGAGCUGACGUCCUGCAGAAUGAGGAGGGUGAGACCACGAGCCACCUGAUGGGCAUGUUCUACCGGACCAUCCGCAUGGUGGAGAAUGGCAUCAAGCCGGUUUACGUCUUCGACGGCAAACCCCCGCAGCUGAAGUCAGGGGAGCUCUCAAAGCGGACUGAGCGCCGGGCUGAGGCCGAGAAACACCUGCAGGAGGCUCAGGAGGCCGGAGAGGAGGAGAACAUUGAGAAGUACAGCAAGAGGCUGGUCAAGGUGACCCAGCAGCACAAUGAUGAGUGCAAGAAGUUACUAACGCUGAUGGGCAUCCCCUACGUGGAGGCGCCGGGGGAGGCUGAAGCCAGCUGCGCUACCUUGGUGAAGGCCGGGAAGGUCUAUGCAGCUGCCACAGAAGACAUGGAUUGCCUGACCUUCGGUAGUCCUGUGCUGAUGCGGCAUCUUACUGCCAGCGAGACGAAGAAGCUGCCCAUCCAGGAGUUUCACCUGAACCGUAUUCUGCAGGAUCUUGACCUGACCUGGGAGCAGUUUGUUGAUCUGUGUAUCCUCCUGGGCUGUGACUACUGCGAGAGCAUCCGCGGCAUUGGGCCCAAGCGUGCUAUCGAGCUCAUCAAGGAGCACAAAAGCAUUGAGAAGAUUGUUCAGCAGAUAGACACCAAGAAGUACCCUCUGCCUGAGAACUGGCUGCACAAAGAGGCCCAGAAGCUCUUUCUAGAGCCUGACGUGGUCGACCCUGACACCGUUGAGCUGAAGUGGACCGAGCCCAAUGAAGAGCAGCUCGUCCAGUUCAUGUGCGGGGAGAAGCAGUUCAACGAAGAGCGGAUCCGCAACGCGGUCAAGAGGCUGAGCAAAAGCCGGCAGGGCAGCACGCAGGGCCGGCUGGACGACUUCUUCAAGGUGACGGGUUCCAUCACAUCAGCCAAGCGCAAAGAGCCAGAGACCAAGGGGUCGGCAAAGAAGAAAGCCAAGACCAACAACGCCUCAGCCGCAAAGACCAAAAAGGGAAAAUAGCCAGACUGGCCAACCACAAACCCCUGUGAUUGGUUUUUCUGUUAAAACAGGAGUUUUAGGCUAAUAACAAAUGGUCGUUUUUUCUGUCCUGCGUGUUAGUGCUAGGAAGGAUGUUGCUAAAGCGCUUCCCAACAAGGCUAGGUUAGUGAAUCAGAGAAGCAUCUUCCUGCGCAGCAGUAGUAACGUACGAGGCUGGGAGAGAAGAAAGAACUGUGGCGUGGGGGGGGUCUAAAGGGGGGAGGAACCAGGGAGCUGCAUUCAGCGGUUUGGGACGUGAUGAGGAGGCCACAGGGAGCGGAGACGAUACCCAGGCUGCGGAGUUAAAGGGAGGUGCUGAUCGCAAACACCCCCUCUGCUUUAAGAAAUGAAAAAUUGAACAUCUGGAGAGCGAAUUGGGUAGAAACGAUAGGUUUCUGCCUCCACAAUCCAUCCACAAAGAGGUAGGUGCAAGCAGCGGAGGCGAAGGAGAAACUGGGGAGAUGUGAAUGGAAGGCAAGCUGGAGUUGGGAGGGAGACUUGAAAUAAUGAGGUGAACCUCUCCCUUUAAUGAAGAUUGGGUAUAGGUUCUUCCUUCCCUUAGUGUAGUCACUUUUCUUUAUAUAAAAAAAAAAAAAAAAAAAUAGAAAAGUUGUAAUCCCAAUUCCACCAAAGUUCUGGCCCCCUCUUACUGCACAAACCGAGGACAAACUGAGCGGUGACUGCAGCUCUCCAAGCCUGAAUUUUGCUGCUAGGUUCUGGUUUAUGUUUAAAAAAGGAAAAAUAUCGAUCAACCUAGCAUGGAAGCCUGUUCACUCCCUGAUUUCCCGAGGCAUCCUUCCGCGUUGUACACACAGAGACAGGUCCCAGACUCGGACGAAAAGAAGAUAGUGCCUCUUUUUUUUUUUUCUUAGUUUAUUUUAUUCUGUAUUUUGCAUAGUCUUUCCGUCUUGUCAAAGCGCUGUGCCGGGUUUUGUUUUCAGAAUAAAAUUUAUA